CCUGCGAGUGUGUUUCCUGGCGCUGGUUGUGUCAUGGCAGAACUCCCUCUGUAAGGACGGAGGAUCUACACACACACACACACACUUCCAGAGUGAACUCUCGUCACUUGUUUUUGCUUCCUGUCCCUCCAGCUGCUCCGACCCUUCCCUCCCCUCUGCCUCUUUUUCUCCUCUCCUCUGAUCAGUCCAGCUCUUUGCUCUCCUCCCUGUAGUUGUGAUUGUGUGGUUUUUUUGGAGUGAGGGAUGUGUUGUUCGGUGGGUUUCGCCCGGUCCCUGGGCCUGGCCCUGCUGCCUCUGGCUCUCUGCUGUAUCGUGGCCAACCUGCUGCUGCUGUUUCCUAUGGGAGAAACCACCUACAUCAACCAGGACCGGCUGGCCAGCUACAUCUGGUACUUUGGAGGACUAGGGGGAGGGGGAUUGAUGAUGCUGGUUCCAGCUGUGGUGUUUAUCUCUUUGGGGAAAUGUAGCUUCUGCUGGAAUGAGAGCUUAAUGAUGUGUGGGUCAGUGCUGGCAGCGGUGAUUGGACUGGUGGGAUCAAGUUACUGUUUGGUUAUAUCGGUGUUCACCUUGGUGCAGGGGCCCCAGUGCUUCACCUCUUUUGGAUGGUCUUACCCCUUUGCAGACCAGGGAGGCAGGUAUCUCUUACAACCAGAGACCUGGUCCCGGUGUCUUCAGCCAGUCAAUAUUGUUGAGUGGAACGUGACUCUUCUGUGCGUGCUCAUGGGCCUGGCUGUGCUGGAGUUCAUCAUCUGUCUCAUGCAGCUGGGAAGCGGUUUAGUCAAUGCCGUCUGUCGACCUUUCUGCUACAAGCAGGAGUACAGUCUUAAUGCUUAGAUAGACCUGUGCAUAUCUGUAUAUACAUUUACCUGUGGAGGCACAAGAGCAUGUGCACACAGACAUUCACAGUCAGCCUGUAUACGCACCUAUGGGACUUUUAUGGGCACCUGCAUACGCACAGCCUCCUCGUCUUAUGUGUGUGUGAGUGUAAUGCAGAGUUUUUACAUAGGCACACAUGCAGUCAAAUGUGUCUUCACUCACAACAGUGCAUCCACUUUGUAUUCAUGCUCUUGAUUUGCCUUUUUAAAGUGGGAGAGCUCACUCUUCAGUCGUUGGGGUUUAAAGACAGCAGGUUGUGACACUUGAAAAGAAUCCUUAUUUUUCUUUUUUAAAGAACAUUAAGAACUCUGAUGACAUCAACUCUUAGAAGUCUGUGGUCUUCAUGUCAAGGUUACUCUCUUUCUUUAUUACCAUUAUUUACUUAAUACCUCGUUAAUGUUCAAAAACGACACCAUUAUUUUAUUUAAUUAACAGCUGAUACUGCAAUAUAAAUCAAUUUCAGGACUCCAGUGACAUAAUACCACAACUGUAUUUUUAAGGUGUCACUGCAUAAAGUGGCACACACUUCCAUUAUUUCAGCAUUUAUAUUGAUCCAUCAGGGAUGGUUUCAUACUUUUGGCUCCAGUAUUUAAACACCGGACCAACUGAGGAUCAGAACAGAUUUGUUUGUGUGUUUAUACAUUUGUUUUCAAGAGAAAACUUGUUAUUGUUUUCUCUGUGUCUUUCCAAUGCUAGGUCAGUGUUAACAGACAUUUUAUACAUAUUCUAGUGACAUAUUUUUAUAAUGUAUGUUUGUUUGUUCUGCCUUGAAUAAAAAAAAAACUAUUUCCA